AGUCAGCCUCUUCCAUCUUUCUGCGUGCCUUCAUUGCUCAUUCGUUCAUUUCCCUCCGUCUCUCACCGAGUGCGCGCUGUUGUGUAAAAGAUGGCAGACGUUUUCGUCGGCACGUGGAACCUUAAGGAGAGCAAGAAUUUCGAUGAGUACAUGAAAGCCCUUGGUGUCGGUUUCGCGACACGCCAGGUCGGCAGCAUGACCAAACCCACGACCAUCAUUUCCAUUGAUGGUGAUGUCAUCACACUAAAGACCUCCAGCACCUUCAAGAGCACAGAAAUCAAUUUCAAGCUGGGAGAGGAGUUUGACGAGACCACAGCAGAUGACCGUAAAGUCAAGUCAUUGGUCACCCUUGACGGGAGCAAGCUGAUACACGUUCAGAAAUGGGACGGCAAAGAGACGACACUUGUCCGAGAAGUUGAUGGUAACAAUCUCACGCUGACACUAACUCUUGGUGACGUGGUCUCCACACGGUCCUAUGUGAAAGCAGAGUGAAGUUUCUCCCACAACUGUCUUUGUUCUUACUGAAAAAAGCUUUUGCCUUGUCAAAUGUGUUUCCAAAAGUUGUCAAUCCAUGUUCCAGGAAAACAGAAUAAAACCCUCAGAUUACGUCCACAAAAA